AAGAUUUAUCAUGGGACACAAAACUCUGUGCUUUGGAUUCUCUUGUAUUCUAUUUGCUUAUUUUAUUUAUUCACCUGUUCCAGAAAACGUGGAAGAACCCUGGAAAAUAAUAUUCCUUAAUGCUGGUAUAAAAAUGACUUCACUUUUGGCCACAUUAUUCGAAAACAUAGGUCUUAUGAGAUAUGAAGAAGUAUUUUUAACUUUAGAAUCACUUGAAUUUACAAAACCAGUUUCAGAUGAAAACAUUACAGUGAUUGAUACAAACUUUAGUGACAUCCCUGUUCGUCUGUACUUGCCAAAAAAAAAGUCUGAAAUACAGAGACCAGCUAUAAUUUUCAUUCAUGGUGGUGCCUUUGCCUUGGGAAGUUGCAAGAAAGGAGCCUAUGAUGACCUGAACAGACAGACAGCAAACAAGCUUAAUGCUGUUGUUGUGGGAAUAGACUACAGACUUGCUCCUCAGCAUCCAUUCCCAGCUGCUCUUGAAGAUUGUACUUUUGUGGUCAAGUAUUUUCUCCAGGAUAAAGUUCUUGCAAAAUACAGAGUUGAUGCUGCUCGCAUCUGCAUUGCAGGAGACAGUUCUGGGGGUGCCUUGGCAACAACAGUGACUCAACAGCUACAGAAUGAUCCAAAGCUCAAAGACAGAAUUAAGGCUCAAGCACUGAUAUACCCUGGCCUACAAUCAGUUGAUAGUUCCCUCCCAUCUCAUCGAGAGUAUAAACAUGGUCCGAUUCUGUUCAGAGAGAUGACAGUUAAGUUGGCAAGCCUAUAUCUGACCGAAGACAACGUUCUGCCGCAGGCUGCACUGAGAAAUGAGCACAUGCCAACAGAGUCACGACAUCUGUUCAAGUUUGUCAACUGGAGUUAUUUCCUUCCUGAGAAGUAUAAAAACAACCAUGUUUACACUGAGCCCAUUCUUGGCAAGCUAAAUGCUUCCUAUCCAGCACUUAUGGACAGCAGGCUGUCCCCUUUGCUAGCCAGUGACUCGCAGUUACAGAGUUUGCCACUGACCUACAUCCUCACAUGUGAACAUGAUCCUUUAAGAGACGAUGGUCUCAUUUACAUCUCGCGGCUUAGAAAUGUUGGGGUUCAAGUUUCUCAUGACCACAUAGAGGAAGGAGUCCACGGAGCCAUGUCGUUCACCAGGGCUCCAAUGUUUUUACAUUUAGGAUUUAAAAUAAGAAAUAAGUAUAUUGCUUGGUUAGAGGAAAAUUUAUAAAUGAAUGGUACAUGUAGCUAGGUAGUCAGUAAAGCAAUCUGAUAGU